AUGUGUAGCUUACUGGGCUUGAAUUUCAAUAAAAUUGAUCAUCUUGACUCAUAUGAAAUAUUAGAUUUCAUGCAGAUGGUUAAUCUGUACCCAGCAGCCAUCAAUAGCGAUGACGAAAUGGAAGUUGACGAAAGUGGAGACGAAGAAGACAUGGAAGAUAUUGAGGCAGUUUCCGUUGUAAAAAAGAAAAAAGUCGCCGGUGCUGCUAACGAAUUCUCGUCCGACUUCUCGUUCGAAUGCACUGCAGAUGAGAAACUUGAUCGCGACGACGCAGCGCUCAAGAAAUUUUUACGCAAAGAGGCUCAGUCGACUCUGGAUGAAAAAAUUGCUGCAGUACGUAAAGCGAAAAAUACGGCCAAAGAUGUCGAAGUAGAGUUACACGACGGCAUAGAGGAAGUAGAGCAGUUAGGAGGAGCUGGGGCACGAGAUAAACUGCGUGAGAAGAAGAAGAAAGGUGGGAGGAAUGUAUCAAAGCAAGACGACUUUUUUGCAGAAAUAGAGGAUGGAUCACCCGUGAUCACCUUUGAACAAAUGAAUUUAUCACGACCUAUAUUGAAGGCGAUAUCAGCAGCCACUUACAAUGAACCUACUCCUAUUCAAGCCGCAUGCAUACCAGUAGCUCUUGCGGGCAAGGAUAUUUGCGCUUGUGCGGCUACGGGAACAGGGAAAACAGCUGCAUUUGUUCUGCCUAUUCUGGAGAGGCUUUUAUACAGAGCAAGUGCACGGUCAUCUACUAGGAUUUUAGUGCUGGUUCCGACCAGAGAACUUGCCAUACAAGUUUUUCAGGUUUUCCGCAAGUUAUCAACUUACUGUCAGAUUGAAGUAUGUCUUUGCGCCGUUCUUCUUCUUAGUUUAACCACGUCACGUCAUUCCACGAAAGGUAAGAAACUGAGUUGGACUGACCAGGGUAAUGAGUUGUAUGCUGCAACCUUAGGCGGAUGCUAG